AGGGGUGUGGCUGGGAGGAAUGUGAUAAGGCUCCACAGGUAUGUGUGUUGUAAGAAUCCUGUCUGCCUAGGCUCCUAUAAAAAGGCCUUCCCUGCCUCACACUGCAGACGAGACAGCCGCAAGCCUGCAAGCUCACUCUGGAAUCUGGGAUUGCACUGGACCUGCAUCCUCAGAACAAGCUUCCCCCAACCUGAAGCCAUGAGGAUCCAUAGCCUCACCCUGCUGCCCUUCCUCCUUCUGGAGGCUCAGAUGCUCUUGGUGGUUGGUGCACAGGAAUUAUGGGAGGGGCAAGACAAUAUGGAAACCAAGGAUCAUUGGAUCACUCUAGACAAGCCCCAGAUUGUGCAGAGAACCCGGCAACACAAGACCCUAGUCAAUGGCGUGAUUGUCACCCCAGACCAGGCCUCAUGUACUGUGACUCUGAUGGAGCACGAGGAGGGCACCGCCAUGAAGGCCGUGUGCUCCCGAAUGGACCAUGACUUUUCCUGUGUCUUUACCGGCAACCCAACUUCCUGCAUAGAGGGUUGUAAAAGCGAUUUGAUCUACUGGAGACAAAUUGCCUAUCGCUUAAGCUGCCAGAGGAACCUCUGUGAAGAUGCCAAUGUGGUCCUGAGAAGCAGGGUGUGCAGUAGGAGGUUUCCAGAAUCCAAUUUCAAGCUGGUGUACUCCACUCUGAUCGACGAUCUCAACCAGUGCGAUGAGGACAUCACCCCCUGGUGGCAUAUCAUAAUCCAAGAUGCCCCCGACAUGGAUUCCAAAGAAGUCAUACCAUUCUUUCCAAGGCAGGGGAUCCAGACUGUAGCACCCGCCCCUACAAAGGUGAUCCAUGUCACAAAAACCACCCCCACAGUGCCCAUUGUGAUUGAACAGACCACCCCUACUGAGGAGGUAAAAGUGGAAGAGAUCACCACUACACAGCAGCCCAAGAUUGAACAGACCACAGCCACAGUGCCCAUCGAGAUUGAACAGACCACGCCCACUGAGCAGGUGAAAGUGGAAGAGACCACCACUACACAGCAGCCCCAGAUAGAAGAGACCACCCCCACGGAGUCAUUCUACAACGAGGUUACCACCCCCACACCCAAUUGUAAUGAUGACUCAGGCAUCAAAGUCAAGAAGCCGAUAAUCUACCAGUCAUCUCACCAUAUAGGCCAGAAGAAAGUCCAGCCGACAGACGAGGAUACAGCCCAGCAAACGGACCAGGAUAUAGUCCAGCAGAUAGACGAGGAUACAGUCCAGCAAAUGGACCAGGAUAUACCCCAGCAGACAGACCAGGAUACAGCCCAGUAUACAUACCAGGAUAUAGCCCAGUAGACACCUUGAAUUACUGCGGAGUCAAGGAACAUCUUCUGCAAAAUCUUCAGCACUGUAUUACAGGACAAAUAAUUGUAAUGAGGCAAAAGCUAGUUGAGCCUUUAGGAAAUAUCAUGUUCUUAGUCUCCCGGUAUGCUGUAAAGCUUUCCAAGUUCUCUACGAAAUACAUAUGAAUUUUAUGCUGUGGGAGUGCAGUGGAAUAUUUAAAUAGAUUUUGUAAUCCUUGUUUCUGCGUUUUUAAAUUUCCUUUAUUUAAAGGAAAUAAAUUUAAACUUCCUUUUAAAUUUCCUUUCACUUGCUUGGUUGUGAUUUUUAGCGGCUGUUUACCACAGGGUAUGUUUCCAUUGCCUAUAAAGUGAUGUGUACAUGCACAGUGUGUUCUUUAAUUGAAUAAGACAGAGUGAUGAUUUCAGUGUAAUGCAAUUUCUGUUGAAUUAACAAAGAUAAUAAAGCUCUAGGCAUUUUUCAGAAAUGUGUUCAA